CCGAAUUAAUCACCCGAGCUAGUAACUCUCUCCUGUCCCGCUCGUGCUCAGUGUCGAUCUCUCCAUGCCCCUCGCCGCCUCUGCUCUCUCCCCCAACAUGAGUUCCUGAGCCACCCAUGUACUUCUCCGGUGCUCCAUCCCAUCCGGCGGCCGCGUGGAGACUUGCUCACCACCUGCUCACCGACGAGCUCGUAACCUCCCUCGCCGUCGUGUCUAUCUCCACCAGGACCGGGCCCUGCUACACCUGCAGAUUUGGCCUCCGAGAACGAACCUUGCUGGAGCGCCGUCUUGGUUGGAGAAAGAGGCCAGCACUAGUGGAGUACCGCAGGAUUCCCCGCCCCAUCCUCGUCAGAUCUAGUUUUGCAGAUUCUCAAUGAUGAUGUAAUGCGUUGAGUUCGAGAUCAACCCGACACUGCUCUAACUUGUCGGUUUACUAGGAACGAUGUUGAGCUCGUGCCAGCCAUUGAGCUACGAACGACGUGGGGUCUGAGCCGCCACUAGUGAAGGAAAACCCAGAUUAAGGAGAUCGGGUGCACAGGUAGCACCGAAUCCUCUGGUGUGUUCUUCUAGUUCAUGACCAUGGAAGGUAUUCCAGUGAGUGCAGCGAUGGGGGCCCUGAACUCCGUCCUGGAGAAGCUGGCCACUCUAGUGGUCGAUGAGUACAAGCUUUGCAAGGUGAUGGGCAGUGAGAUCAAAUUGCUCACAGAUGAACUCACGUUCAUGCAUGCGUUUCUCCUGAAAAUGACGGAGGUUGAGGAUCCUGAUGUGCAAGAUAUGGUUUGGAUGACGGCGGUGCGUGAGCUGUCCUAUGAUAUAGAGGACUCCAUCGACGACUUCAUGCAAGACGAAGACGCUAAGCCAGAUGGCUUCAUUAAGAAAAUGAUGCACAUGAUGGGGAUGUGGGGAAAGAGGAAGCGUCACCAUCAGAUGUUCCUAGACUUGAAGAAACGAGCCAUUGAGGUGGGCGAGAGGAGUGAAAGGUACAAGACUCGUCAGGUCUUCUCGAACACCAAAAAUGGAACUGUUGACCCUAGAGCUCUUGCUAUCUUUGAGCACGCAUCAAAGCUUGUUGGAAUUGAUGAACCCAAGGCCGAACUAAUCAAACUAUUGACCGAAGAGAAUGGAUGUGCGUCAACACAAGUGCAACCGAAAAUGGUGUCCAUUGUUGGGUCCGGAGGAUUGGGCAAGACAACUCUUGCAAACCUAGUGUAUCAAGAGCUUAAAGAGAAAUUCAAGUGUAAGGCUUUCGUAUCAGUGUCACGAAACCCAGACAUGACAAAUAUAUUGAGAACCAUUCUCAGUGAAGUAAGCUGCCAAGGUUAUGCUCAUACAGAAGCAGGAAGCAUACAACAAUUGAUAAGCAAGAUUAGUGAUUAUCUAGUGGACAAAAGGUAUUUUCUAGUGAUUGACGAUAUAUGGGACACUAAAACAUGGGAUGUUAUUAAGCACGUGUUCCCCAUGACAAAUUGUGACCCUUCCCUGGACCCUGCGCAAGCGGGAGCUACAUGCACCAGGUUGCCCUUUAUAAUAAUCACCACUACUCGUAUGGGUGAUGUCGCUUGUUCAUGUUGUUUAUCAAUUGGUGGCCAUAUCUAUAAUAUGAGUCCGCUUAGUAUGGUGCACUCAAGGCAACUAUUUCACAAAAGAUUAUUUGACUCCAAAGAAGACCUCCCUUCCCACCUUGAGAAAAUUUCUGAAGAAAUUCUGAAAAAAUGUGAUGGUUUACCUUUGGCAAUCAUUGCUAUAUCUAGUUUGUUGGCUAAUAAAGAGAGAUCAGAGCAACUAUGGAACCAAGUGAAAGAUUCAAUUGGCCGCGCACUUGAAAGGAAUCCUAGCAUUGAAGGAAUGAUAAAGAUACUGUCACUUAGUUACUUUGAUCUUCCUUCUCAUCUGAAAACCUGUCUCCUGUAUCUCAGUAUAUUUCCAGAGGAUUCUAUUAUUCAGAAGAAAGUCUUAAUAUGGAGAUGGAUUGCCGAAUGAUUCAUUCAGAAAGAUAGCAUAUAUUCGUCAUAUGAGUUAGGAGAGAGGUGUUUUAAUGAGCUCAUCAAUAGGAGUUUGAUCCAACCUGUGAAGCUGAACAAAUAUGCUAAAGUGCUUACUUGCCGAGUUCAUGACACAAUUCUUGAUCAUAGUAUCCAAGUCCAUUGAAGAGAACUUUGUUACUUUCGUUGGUGUCCCCAGCUUAACUAUUGGGACACAAAGCAAAGUACGUCGGCUCUCAAUGCAAGUUGAAGGGGAAGGAAACUCUAUCGUGCCGCUGAGCCUUACAUUAUAUCAUGUCCGAUCACUCAAUGUGUUUGGGGUUGCAGUGGAAAUCCCUUCAAUGAUGGAGUUCAGACAUUUGCGUAUUAUGGACUUUGGUGGAUGCCACCAAUUGGAAAACCACCAUCUUGCAAAUGUAGGGAGGCUGUUUCAGCUAAGGUACCUCAACAUUAGAAGGACAAAGGUAAGCGAGCUCCCAGAAGAAAUCGGAUGUCUACGGUGCCUAGAGAUGUUGGACAUAAGGUCCACCAAGGUAAAAGAUUUACCAGCAUGUAUUGUCAAUCUUCAAAAAUUAGCACAUUUACUUGUUAACCAAGGUGUUAGAUUUCCGGUUGGAAUUACAAAGAUGCAAGCACUCGAGACGUUGAAAUGGUGUGCCUGGCAGUCAUAUAUCUUCUGGCAAGAGCUUGGACAGCUUAAGAAUCUAAGAAAGCUGGACCUUAAUCAUGAUGGUGCGCAAGAACACAAAGAAGUUAUUGCUUCUUCUCUCCAUAAUCUAUGCACACAGAAUCUUUGUUCUCUAACUAUUUGGAAUGAUAAUGACAGCAUCUUACUGAAUACAUUGUGCACUUCUCCGUCGCUUAACAUCCAGAAACUUUCUACCCGGUCUUGUGUCCUUCCAAAGGUUCCGGAUUGGGUAGGAUAUCUUGUCAACCUGCAGAAGUUACGGUUGCAAGUGAAGAGAAUCCGGCAUGAAGAUCUCUGCAUUCUUGGAGCAUUACCCAGUCUGCUCAUUUUGUGUCUCGAAAACAAGGAGAAUGGGGAGAAUGAAUCUUUAGAUAGAAGGCUGGCAGUCAGUCGUGAAGCUGGAUUCCGAUGCCUGAGAGUGUUUACUUAUUUCGUGGAGGGAGACAGGAUGGAUCUCAUCUUUGCAUCAAGAUGUAUGCCCAAGUUAGAAAAACUGAAGACUGUCUUUCUCGGCAGUUUUACAGAUGAGUCUCACAGGAGUGCUGGUGCUUUGUAUUUCGGGAUUGAAAACCUCCCUGGCCUCCGUACUUACAAAUUUGCCAUACGUUGCUUUGGUACGAAAAGGAGCAAUGCUGACGCUGUAAAGGCUUCCGUGGAGAGAUUAGUCAGCACGCAUCCCAACAACCGCCUUAAUCUGAUCUUUGAGCAUGGCCCUGUUCAGUCAUGAAUUAAGACCAGGCGUACAUCGGUACCGUCCUCAAGAUGUUUCGGUAGCAGAUUGGGUAUUUAUUUCAGUGUCCUGGCUGAUAUUUGACAGCCACACUAGUCUCUCAUUGAAUGGACUCAAGAAUAUGCUGCUGCACUUCAUGAUGUGGUUGAGGGGUUCUGCUCGAUAUUAGCGGGGAGUCUUCUGUGGCUGGCAUCAACAGUCCCGGUACAGGCCACACAACAUCUCUCUUAGUUAUAAGCAUUGUAUGAGCAGAGUUGCUUGUUGGGUGCACACUAGGUCCGGGGCACACUGCCACUUCAGGCGGUUUUCUUGUGUGGCAACUUGCUGGAGGUUAGAGAACUCAUAGUUUGGAGGGGACCGAAGCCCCGUAUAAGUAUAUGUGCUGAGAGAUUACUCUUCUUAGUUGCACCUUCUGUGAGCCGAUUUGUUUGGUGUUCUUUUUGGUUGAACAGGUCUGUAUCGGCCGUAUUAAUUUGCACUUUGUAAACAGGUAAUCAGCUACACUAGUCGUGUGUUCAAUUAGGUCCCCCAACAAUGUUCAUCCAAUUAAUGCUUAUACCUUUCCUCCACUGAUCAUUGAAAAUGGCCAUGCAAAUGUAUUCCGACAGUAGGUUGGCGUCUUGUCGUUCGAUUGCUGAUGUUUCGUUAUAAUCUUUAUUGUUGCUGUUUGGACAUUUGCGCUGUACCAAGUUCCAGUGCCUGGUUUUAUUUCUACGAGAAAUCGGCAGGAGCACUGCCUUUUCAUAUAGAAGAAGAAAAUAGACGGGUCAUGUACAUGGGUGACAAGUUUUUUUGGAAGGAACUUGACGAAAACCCCUAGUCAUUGACACACACACACACACACGCAAAUUAACCAAUACCCUUGCUGGCUUGUGGUGUAGCGAAAGCCAUCGCCCUUUGGUUUAUACCCUCAAAAGCAUCUCUUCUCCCACAUUCGCACCUAACCUACUUUCAGAAUUACGCGCUCUAUAUAAGUGCUUGAGUUAGCAUUGCAAAUUUGAGCACCCUCCCGUUGCACAAACUGUUAGGCUUCCUAGCUAGUUUGCCAAUCCAAAUACCCAGGCUUCCUAGUUAGUUUGCCAAUCCAAAUACCCCAGGAAGCAGACAUCUUAGCCAGCAGGCGACAAUGGCAAAGAACUAUUCAGCCUUGGUUUGGCUGAUGCUGAUCCUCCUUGUAUUACUGGUUUUUGUUGGUGGCAUCCUGACCAUCCAGAUGCGUCAACAGGCGUAAGCUGCUGUUUUUGCAUAAACACAAGAUAUUUUUAAUGCCUAAAAUUAAGUUAUUACUCUAGCUACUUGUUUUUGUUCAUCAUUUGUGGCAGCUGAGAUUCAGCAAAACUGCCCGCCAAUCCAUGGAGGCUCAUAAAUACUCAUUGGGCAGGAUCUCUCCUUGGUGUAAGAAGUUCUGUACGUGAACCAAAUACUGAUAUGUUCGCGAGGUGUGAGGUGUCAAUAUGUGUAUGUUUGUAUUGUGACCCGGUGUAUGAAUAAUGUCGGUGUGUAUAUGUUCGUAGUGAUGUUUGUAUAUUGUGACAUGGUUUAUGAAUAAUAUGGGAGUUCUCUGCUCAUACACGAAGAAAACUGUUCAGGCUCACCUGUUACGAGUACAUGUUUGGCAUAUGUCUCGUUAAAAAGGUAUUUGUGUAACAGUUGUAUUUGGCUGUAUGUCUCAUUAAAAAGGUAUUUGGCGUAUGUCUCACCUGUU